CUCGACCAAUGGCGUGGCGGCCUGUGAGCGUCUAACGGCAGCAGCAGCAGAUCACUGCAGUGCAGCAGCCAACCAGCAACCAGCAACCAGCAACCAGCUAGCCAGCAACUUGUCUCAGCAAUAUGGACGAGAUGAUGAAACAAGUCAACGGCUGUCAGACUCACCCCCUCCGCAUGGGCCCAUAAACAUGUCCACAGAUGACAGUAUCUCUGAGGACGUGUCCAGCUCGGGGGCUCUGAGCCAUUGCCAUGCCAGCGGGGACGGGGAUGGGGGCAAGGAGAGCGAGACCUCUUUGGUGUCCUCCGAGGGGACGUCGGCCUCGGGGCUGGCUGUCUCAGAGGACAGACACAACACGACCUCCCAGACAACAGGAGGCACUGUGGAGAACAGGCCCAUGGACAUCACACCAGCGUGCCAAAAGAUCAGGAGUUUGUGUCUGAGCACAGAUGAGGCGUUCGAACAAGGGAAGAGCCUCCCAUUCAUCAACCCGAGCUCCCUGGAGACGCUUCGGGCUUUGGUGCAGGAGAUCCAGAGCAGCGGAGAGACGGACCCCGAGAUCUGGAAAGACUGUGAGGGCCGAUGGUUGCAUCUGUUUCAGCUGGUCGAGAAGCAAUACCAAGAGCAAAUACUGGCUCAGCAAGAACAAUACCAGUGCCAAAUACAGUUGAUUCAGGAUGAAAUUAAGGCCCUGGUUCAGCUCCAGAACCGUCAGGCCAGCAUCCAGCCGCACACAGAGUUUUCUCCAACUCCGCUGACCAAAACAGCCACAAACACAAAGGACUAUAUUUUCCCUCUCCUCUCCGGCGACUGCACGGUCCCCAAAAAUGUGUCCAGUGACAAUAACCGCCUGGCCGCCCCGGCCCACACCCCGUUUAGCUCCCCUUCACCUCCACUGCUCCAGAGAUCGGACACCACCGCCAACCAGGGGGAGGAGCGGGCCACCACGGUGCUCAGCAGCGGGUACGGGACGGGACUGUCCGCCUGGGAAACGGGUCUGGAACCUGCCGGGUCUCCAGGGGAAGACGAGGAUGGUAGUCAAGGCAGGGAGAAGCUUCCGUGGACCUCUAACUUCCCGGAGGACAGAGAGACGACUGUGAUCGGCCUGUGCCAGCAGGAUUUUUCCACUGAGAGGACUCUCGGGGUGGAGGAAGCUAAUACGUUAGUCUACCAGCAGAGAACCUCUGGCACCAGCCAUCUUCUGACCUCCUGGGCCCAGAGGCAGAAACUCAGGCCCAAGAAGAGCAAAGCGGGACAAGCUUCAUCCCAAACCUCGGAGUACCAGGAGCAGCCACGCAGAGAGUCCCACAAACUAAACCCCCCGGAGAGCUCCGACGUCCAGGACCAGCAGCGACCGGCUGGGCCGCCGUCCAGCUCUUUUCCCCUGCGGAGGAGUGACAGCCUGGUGUCUGAGGCAUCAGGUCUGACUUAUUGGCGUCUGAACGAGAACGAGCUGUAUCACCCUCUGCCGGACAGCUUCGACAGCGGCGCUUACCUCCUCCUGCAAGAGGCGUCCAUGAGUCUUACUCCGUCUCACGAGCCUCGUCUGUCUCUCAGAGAGAUCUACCAGAACAAGCAAAAAUCCGAAUGUAAGCGCUCGGACUGGGAAGGCUCCGUGACGUCCAGUCCGUCGUCACCACAGGUGUUGACUUUGGACCCAGCAGCCAACCAGCGGCAUUCAGAUCGUACCUCCGGCUUCACUUCGCCCUCUCGCUUCAGCAGCCCGUCGUUCGCCGCUCAGCCCCACCUCUACCCCAGAAUCGGGACCCCUGUGACGCCUGACAGCAUGGUGGAGUGCAGCCACAACCCCGGAGAUACAGACUGUAUCUCUGAUACUUCCAGUGUCUCCGCCGCCGGGCCUUCCCCUUCUAAAGUGCAGAGCGCGUGGGGGAACGCGUCCCAGGCUGUCCAGUCUACCUCCCAUGAAAAGACCCAGCCCUGCUCCCACACGUCCAGCCAGCAGCGCGGAUCCAGUGCCCCGUUAGCCAGCGAGGAGGAGGGCAGCCACACCCACACCAGCACCCUGAAGCCGUGCUCAGCCUCUGGUGCUGCUCUGCGGCCUGUGGGCGGUGCACAGGUGGAGGGAGCUUCACCUGUAGAGGAUCCUGUCGUGCUUUCUCUGCUGAGGCAGAACCUGAGGGAGAAGCACUCUCGACACGUCGCUGAUCUGAAAGCUUAUUACGAGUCCGAGAUUCAAAUCCUGCGAGACAAACUGAAGCUCAGAGAUCUGCCACAGGAUUUAGAGAAGACCAACCAGGCCCUCACAAAGAGGUGUAAGCACCUGGACAAAGCUCUGGCUGAAGCCACCAAUCGUAUCCAAGAACUCGAGGCAGCAAACAACUCGCUGGAGAAAAAACUGGCAGAAUGGCCGGAGCGAUACGCCGUCGCCGGUGCUACUGUGAAAUCUUUGCAGCAGCGGCUGGAGGAGAGCAAACGCUCGGGCAAAGACAAGGACGCGCUCGCGGCGCGUUUGAAGAACCACGUACGGCAGCUGGAGGAGUCGGCGCAGAAAGCCUGCAGGGAGGCCGACGAGAAGGAGGCGAGGAGGGAGAGGGAGUACAAGAUGCUGCAGGAUCUGCUCGGAGAAUACGACUCUCUGGUGAAGGCGCACGAGGCGCUGAAGAACAACUUGAUGUCAACGGAGAACAAGCUCUACGAUGCCAGCGAUCAGAUAUCAGACCUGAAGAGACUGAUCUCCAAACUGGAGUCUCAGGUGAAGCAGCUGGAGCACGAGAACCAGGCCCGAGCACGUCACGCCUCCCACAGCAACACACAACCGUCCGGGGCCGGUCUUUUCCACCAUCCUGACCUGCUGCCGUCACCCAGCAAACGCAAAGCAGAGCCAGACGUCACGCGGAGGAAGUCUCCGUCCGAUCAGCUGAGCAGCGGCAGGAAGUCACCGUUCCUUCAAACAAACCAGUCGAGCGUCCACAAAAAGUCGCAGCAUCCGUUAAAUGAUGCGUCAUCCGGAGCUGGGAGCUCCGUGGACGCCUCCUCCGCUGGAGGCAGCUGGAGGUGUGCGUCUCCGCCCGAGUGCGAACAAUCCCUGCCUCCGUCCAGACACCAGGAGCAGAGCGCCGGUCGGCGAGAGGCGUCCUGCGCUCUGACGCCCAUGAUGAGGGCCCUGAUAGAGCUGGAAGAGACCAGAGCGACUGAGAGCCGGGCCCCCUGUAAGAACAGCUCCAGCACCCACCACAGGGUCGGCAAUCAGAGGACCACCGUCGGCUUCGUGGAGCGGAGACACAAAGAGGUGAUUCAGGAGCGAGUCGGGCUUCAGGCCGACAGGGAGGCGGCCAAACCCGGAGAAGUCGUGAGCAGAGCUGAGCUCCGAGGAGGAGGAGGAGGAGCGAAGAGUGGAGGAGAAACAGCUGCAUCUCUGCUGAGAGCUCAGAGGAGUUUGUCUCCAGAGGGCCACAGAUCGUCCUCGCUGCCUCCUCCAGCACAUCGAAGCAUCCCCCCAACCACACCCACGAAAAGGGAAACUUUACUCAUGCCUCUGUCGGCGAAGUCCAGUCCUAAACGCUGCCCCACGGAGAACUACUCCACCGCGUUCGGUCGCCUGAUGCCACGAGAGGAACACCUGAAGAGGGUUGAUGAAGUUGACCAGAGACGUCAUUCCUUCCACAGCAGCAGUCCAAGAAAGAGACUCCAGUUUACAUCAACAGACAGAGAAGAUGACCUCCAGCAGCCAGAGUCUGCCGGCACCGUGAACCCCCCUGAGGGAAGCUCCCAGCUGGGCUGGGACGAACAUGGGGGAGCCUGCACUGGAUCUUCCCUGCAGGACUCGUACGAGGACCCGGCCCCACUUCUCCUGGACAGGCUCCACUCGCUGGCUGAGGCCGAGAAACUGUUUGACGAGCUGACGCAGGAGAAACUUCAGAUUGAGGCAGCUUUGAGUCGGAUGCCCGGAGCAGGCGGUCGAGUGAGUCUACAGACCAGGUUAGACGAGGUGGCCUUAGAGAAUCGUCUGGAGAGAGUGAAUCGUGAGCUGGGAUCCAUCCGCAUGACUCUGAAGAGGUUCCACGUCCUCCGCUCUUCUGCCAACAUAUAGCAACGUCUGUGUUUCGACAUUACAGUGCAGACGUGUCGGUUUUAUACUCUGCACUGAUUGUCUUUCUGUGCCAUACGUCUCAUCUGUACAGCAUCUUUUUUAUACGUAUUACUUAUUACUCGGGGAUAAUUUUUAUAUGUCUGAAAGAUAUAUUACAAUUUUUUGGAGUAUAUUUUUAGUAAUGCAAACAGAUUUGUAAAGUCGUUUACUUUUGUAGUCACAGAAAUAUUAAUAUGAUAUGUUUUACUCGCCAUAUUCAGGUGUGGAUUUUUAAAUCAGCCAUGUUUCAGUGUCAAUGUUGAACGAUCAAAAAAUACUUUUCCAUCCACUUCAGAAAGAUCACUGCCAUUCCUGUUCACGUGUGAACAUUUUUAAUGUUUUUCCGUUUAAAAUGUAUUUAUUUUUUUAUUGUUUCUGUAUGUCAGAUUUAAAUCUUGAUGCAUUUUACAUGUUUUGUUGUAGCUUUUUAUUAUUUGUGUUGGGCCAAAUUAUGUAACUUGAAGGAAAUAUUUUGUUUACUUGAAUCAAAUCGCCUUUUUUUUCCUCUUGGUUUACUUUCCAUUUCUACUCGUCACUUUCUUUGCUUUAUAUUUUCAAAUUUGCUUCAGGACUGGGCCUUCCAGAUUAGAGCCACUUGUAAAAUCCAAACCAGCACAAUUAUCACUGCACACACACACACACACACACACACACACACAAACUUACACACAUUUUCAAAUCCUCGGCCGAUUGUUUCCCCUUGAGCGAUGCUUGUGCAUGGAAUUUAUUGCACUGCUUCCUUUUUGGCCAUGCAGUUUUCCUACCUGACAUGAACUCCACUGGAACUAUAAUGUUGUUGUUGCACAAUAAAUGAAGCUUUUUUAAAAUAA